UUGUUUUUUUUUGAUCGUCAUCAUUAUCAAGUUCAUUCAAUGUAAUUCGUCUGGAUUAGCAAUGUGAAUUUUUAAGUCCAUCUAGUCCCAUCAAGAUAUUAUUAAAUUUCAACCAUGGAUGUAAAGAAUUUUAUUAAUGAAAAAAUUGAAAAUCUUAUUCAUAGAAUCGAUGUUAAUCGUGUACAAUCAUUUUUUAAUGUUAAUUCAUUUCGCAAUCGUAUUCCAUCAUUGCAUAAUGGUGAUGAAAAUCAAAAUUCACAAUCUUCAUCAUUCAGUUUGAUCUCGAAUUUCGAAUCUCAAUUAAUCGCAUUGCAAGGUAUUUUAAUAUGGGAGAAGCCACGCGAUUCAAUUCUAGCAUUGAUCACCUUUACCUGUUUUUAUUGGAUCGUUGUAUUAUGGCAACCACGUUUAUUAUCGGUAUUGGCAACUUUAGCAUUCUGUUAUCAUUUUUAUGAAAUGUGGAUCCGUUAUGUUUGGCCAGAAAUUCGUGCUCCUACGGUUCCAAUUAAAGAAAGCUGGACGACGGUCAAUCCUAAUGUAAUGAGUGCUCCGGAAAUUAAAUCAUGUUUUGCAAGAAUAAAACAAUAUAUGACAAAUGUCAUUGAUCGAAUCAUUGAGUUUAGGAGAAAAUCUCAUGGAGUUUUUUGUUGUUAUUCAGUGUUCUUUUUUCUUUGUUUCUAUUAUAUUGGCCAUUUUAUUCCCGGCGUUUUGAUUACAUAUUUAACAGCUAUAAUACUAUUUUUAACACCCGGAUUUUUGGCACACAUUGUACCUAAAAAUACAUUGGCAAUAAUUGUAUUCAAUAUUGGCGACGACGAACAUCAACAAACAACACAAGGACAACAGCCAUUAAAUGUUUCUUCCACCGAAUAUUCUAAUAGUUUGGACGAUAAUAACCUUGAAUUAUCAAGUUCAACGGCAUCGAAAAAGAAUUUAUUAUCAGGUUUUAUGAUUAAUGACGAUGAAACCAAUGAGAAUCAUUUUGAUGAAUCAUCCGAAUCAACGGAUUCAGAUUUUGUAAUGCUUUCUGAUUCCGAAUUGAAUGAUGUGUCACCAUAUUGACUAUUAUAUAAUAUUGAAGUUUUUUUUUCUUUGGUUAAGAGUUAGAUUUUAUUUUGUUUGUUUGUUAUUGAUUGAAGCAAAAAAAAAAAAAAAAAUUUGUAAACGAUAGUUUCAUAAGAGAAAAAAAUUUCUAGUGUCAAAUGUGAAUUGUAUCCAGUAUUUUUUUUUCAUCAAUAAUAUCAAAAUGGAUGUACUUUCAUAAUGAAUAAAAUUAUUAUUGUUGUUUAAA